AAAAUGCGACUUUUGCUCUGGUCGCUGUUUCUCUCAUUCAUCACGUCCAUCCAUGCCCUUCAUUUCUAUCUGGACGCAAACCAGAAACGCUGUUUCGUUGAAGAGUUGCCCACUGAUACCGUCGUCGAAGGUCACUACCGUGCCCUCGAAUGGUCAGAAAAUGAGCAAAAAUACAUGGAGAACUUUGAACUAGGCAUCAUCGUCGAAGUCCAGGAAGAACCUUCGGGCGACGUCGUUGUAAAGACAACCGGCCCACUGGAUGGUAAAUUCACCUUCACCUCUCACGAAGCAGCAGACCACUCCAUCUGUCUCUCCACAAACUACACGUCAUGGUUCAGCCACACACACAUCCGCCUCUAUCUCGACAUCGUCAUUGGUUCCACAAAACCGGACGUUGAACACGACCGAUCACAUAUUUCAGAACUGGCCUCCAAAGUGCGCGACUUGAACCAGAAGCUUGAAGAUAUCCGGAGGGAGCAGCAAUACCAGAGAGAGCGCGAGUCAGAUUACAGGGAUUUGAGUGAAGCUACAAACUCGAAAGCUGUCUGGUACAGCAUAGCGCAGAUUAUUGUGUUGGUCGCGACAUGUGCUUGGCAAUUGCGACAUUUAAAGCGCUUCUUUGAGGACAGGAAAAUGAGAUAGUCUCCACCGUGAUACCUGUACCAUUCUAUCUAACAUGAUACAUUUAUGAAAGGCG